AUGGAAUCUUUUGAAUGAAGUUCGGAAAAUAGGCUAUUUAUUGUAUUUUUUAUAUGCUUAAAAGAAUUAGAUAGGAAACAUGUAUAUAUUUAAACAUAUAUAUAUGCAAAACAAAAAAAUAUAUAUUUUUUGUCAACAAGAACAAACAGCAAGAAUUGCAGGGCCAUAACUCACAAAAAAGUACUACAUGUCAGCAUCGUCUCAGCAGCAGCAGCUUUUUUUUUCUUCUUUUUUUUCUCUUUUUUUAGCAGCAGCGGUGAUGUUUGCGUGACGAGCUGAAUGUGGCGAUAAUUUAGGCAAGCUGUUUUUAUGGCUUUCUCUCUGUGUCUUUCUUUUGUUUGCAGUCUCUGAUUCCUGAUAACUUUUGCUGGACUAGUUUGUGUCUAGCUUUACUUGUGCCCCUGACUGUGCCAACAGAUUAAAAGACUAUGCAGGAGACUAAUGUUGCAUACUUUUUUUUUUUAUAGUUGCAAGCUCAAUUCUCUUGCUCUCAAAAUUUGCAUUUCACUCAUCCAUUACAAUAUAAAUCUGUUUUAUCAGAUUAAUCAUUUGGAUCCAUCUAUCUUUUGAAUAUUAGCCUCUAAAGUGAGAAGAGCGUAGACUGGAAGUGUACUGAAUAAGCAGUCAAACAGUCUGGGGUUAAAGUAUUUGUGUUGGUAUGGUAAUCACAUUAGGGAUUUUAGUGGCUUAACGUUUAGCAAAGUACACUUUUACCUUUGCUUGACUGAUCGUUAGGCAUUAUGAAGAGAAGAUACUGUACAUAAAUCAUCAAAAGCUCUCUUUUUUAUGUCUAAUAUACAUUUUUGUGUGUGUGUGUGCAUGCAUGUUUUUUGGGAUGUAUUUCUGUUUAAUAUAGAGUAUUACUAUCUAGAAACAGUAAAAGAAUGUCCUUUGGAUCAGCCCAAAAAUCACAAUGGACAUAAACAAUACUAAAUACAAUGCAAAGGGAGGAGAAAAUGCUUUUCACAUAGUUGUUAUUAAUGAUAACUAAGGUACUUGAUUCAUUCAAUUGUUAGUUUACUUUUCAUUUUAAUUUAAGUUUAAUUUUUUUAAUUUUGAUCAUUUUUGUCAUUUUUAUUUAGCUUUUUUUAUUCAUUUUAGCAUUUCAACUUAAAAUUAGUUUUUCAAGGUUUUAUCUAAUAUGUAAUACCUAAAAUAACAUUUUAUUCUAAUUUUAUAUAUUUUAAUUAGUGCAAUUGUUUUAAGAAGUUUUAGUUAACAAAAACAAUACAGGUAUUGGAUGGACUCUUGAAGUCCACUGUAAAACCAGUACCAUGAAGCAAAAUCAGUCGAAGACCACUGAUGUCUAUAUAGAAAAUAGAAAAGAGAGAGAUUAGCAGGGAGCAGGACAAAGAGGUGAGACAGGGAGGGGAUUAAACAAACUGGAUUUGUUUAAAGCGGACACUAUUAGACAGAGAAGCGAGGGAGGAUUUCAGUCGGUGUUUGCCUGUGUCUGUGUCUUUUUCCUCUCGCUUCUUUUAUUAAUAUUAUACAAACCCGAAGGGCAAGAUCAACAGAGCAGUAUGACGCAGCAGAAGGAGAAGUUGGAGUCUCUGAUGAGGAGCAUGGAGGUCCUUCUGAGGGAGGUGGAGCAGCUACGUGAGCACUGUGGUCAUUACAACCUGGAGCUGAGUCGCCACAUCAUGGAGCUCCGCCUGGAGAACAGAAUACUGACCGACAAAUACAACUCCCUUGACAAGGAGCUGCAGGAGGCCUUGGAGACCAUCGAGGACCUCCAAGACACCAAAUACGCCUUGGAUUCCAAAGAGAGACAGGCUGACAAGCUCAACCGACAGCUUUGAUAAAACUACAGGAGCAACAAUUUUAAGGUUAAUCAACGUACGUGCGAAUGACUGACUUAUAAGAUAUUUGUCCCUGCAUAGUAAGACGAUACACAAGUAAAGAUUUUAACAUCCAGGAAAUUACACGGCUGAAAUUUUAUCGAACUCCCUUAUGAAAUGUUAUAGGCACAUAAGCAAUGCAUACUGUCGAUCCAAGUUCAUUGUCUCCAUAAGUAGUAUAUGUGGUGUCUGGAUCUUAAUUGUUGGGGUGGAAGUGAAGCCAAUUCUGUAGGUAAAGUUGGAACAGUGAGUCUGCAUUCUCCUUCACAAUGACAGCGACCAUCUGUCAUUUUGGUUGUUGAAAAGUGACAGGGACUAAAAUAGCAGCUUAGAGGACGGAGUGUUAAAACACUUCCACCCCUAUGAUUUAAUACUGUAUGUUUAGCGGCACUAAGCGGAACAUCAGUGGUCAGAACAUUGAAAAGAGCCUCACUGUGAGAUCUCUCACACAAUGCACACUUGCGCUUAUAUAAUAAUGUUCUCUCUCUUCUGUUCUGAUUAAAGGAAUAUCAUAUCCAAAAAUGUACUUUUGCUGCAACCGUACAAAUUCUGUAGUGCAUUACUUGUUGGAUCCACUGCAGUCAAUGUGUCCCGCCAGAAUGAAAGAUCAAACGGCUGAUAAAAUAAUCCACAAGUAAUCCGUAUCAUUCGAGUACGUCAGUUAAUGUAUUGUCAAGCCAAAAGCUGCAUGUUUGUUAAAACAAAACAAAAUUUCACUUUAUUUUCAUGAAAUGUUCCUUUACGCAACAGCUAAAACUGUAUAUUUCUGUUGAACUGAUUUGAAAAAUGCAUGGUGAAGAACACUAUGCAAACUUGACCUUUGACCUUUCUUUUAGAAGACUGCAAAAUGAUUAAAUAAAAAUGUAAAUAAAAUCUAAAUAAACAUGUUGUGUGGAACUCAAUCUGUUUUUCAUUUUUAACAAACAGCGAUCGCUAAUUAAGUGUGUUGAAGGUUUUGUAUUAAAUUUAAUUAAUUUCCCUUUUAUCAUGAUAAGAUUCCUGAUAUUGUCCCAGGAGGGGUUAAUUGAAACCUGAGAUGAGUAGUGUGUAUUGGUAAGUGUGUGUACGUGUGCACAAAGGGAAAGCUGUUGAGUCCUGAGUGAAUCUGUGUCACAACUCUCUCUCGCUGUGACUGGGAGGACUUGGGAUAUUCAACAUUGACACACUGAGAAGAUGAUGCUCCACUCUCUUCUCGGGAUCCUGAGCUUGGUCUCUGCAGUUCUCUGUGUGAGGCAGCCAUCUAAUGAUUACUGGGGUGAAUAUGGCCCGUACGGAGCAUGCAGUCGCACCUGUGGCACUGGAGUAGCAGUGAGAACCAGGAUCUGCAACACUAUGAGGACCGAUGGUGGGCACAACUGCGUUGGACCAUCCAAGUCUUACAAACUCUGUAACAUACAGGAGUGCCCUGUUGGAUCUAUGGAUUUCCGUGAAGAACAGUGUGCUCAUUUUGACAGAAUGGAUUUCAAGGGAAAACGUUACACAUGGCAGCCAUACUAUGGAGCUUCAAACCCAUGUGAGCUAGUGUGUGUGCCCAGAGGAGAGAACUUCUACUACCGUCACAGACCCGCUGUAGUGGACGGCACACCAUGUUAUGUGGGCCGCAGAGACGUCUGUGUGGAGGGAGUCUGCAGAGCGGUGAGCCAUGGGGAGAUUGUGGGUUUUGAGGAUCACUCUCUUCCUGUUGUGUCUAGACAUGGCACUGGAGCUGCAGCCAAUCUGGACACCUACAGGUACACAUACAGCACUUUUUCCGAGUGCUCACUUCACUGUGGUGGAGGAGUGCAGACCCGUAGUGUGUACUGCAUUAAUGAGAGAACAUCAGCAAUGGUCGAAGAAUCUCACUGCACUGCAUUAGGCUUCAGCAAACCAGCUUCUCAGAAGGCCUGCAACGAGCACCACUGUGCUGAGUACAGUGUCGGUCCCUUUGGUGAUUGUUCGAUGACGUGUGGUGAGGGACAGCAGACACGAGAGGUCUUCUGUGUCGGGGGCAGAGGAGAGCGCAUCCCUGAGCACCACUGCAGGGGUCUCACACGUCCACAUGAUGUCAGAUCCUGCCAGAGACCAGCUUGCCACCAAGUUUUUAGAUACUACAUCAAUGACUUCAGCCUGUGUUCUCGUAGCUGUGGAACUGGUACUCGCGAGCGCAGAGUUGUUUGCAUGGAUUUGGAUCGCAAUCAUUAUCCGGACGAAAGAUGUUCCGCUUUCUCCAGACCUCAUGCUGUGGAGAGCUGCAACACACAGCCCUGCCCUGGUGUACAACUGGUGCCCAGUGUGCAGGACUCCAGUGGAUAUGAAAGCUCCUUGCGUGGAUUUGUACCUUACACCCUUGAUGCAACCUCAGUUCACAGACCAAGUGAUCCAUACCCCUCGGUGACUGGACCGCACUGUGCCCAGUCAUACUAUGGCUGCUGUCCAGAUGGCCACACUGCUGCCUCAGGGCCUCGUGGGGAAGGCUGUUCUCACGAUGACUGUCAUAGGUCUAGAUUUGGCUGCUGCCUUGAUGGAGUAACAGCUGCUGUUGGUUUUGGAAGAGCAGGAUGUCCUGACUACCCCUACAGAGAUAGUCCAGUCCCUCAGCCCUCUGCGAGUGUGUGCGCUUUGGCACAAGACGUUGGGUCCUGUUAUGAAUGGACAUCUCGUUUCUACUUUGAUUCUUCCUCCGGCUCUUGCUCACAAUUCUGGUUUGGUGGUUGUGAAGGGAAUGGCAACAACUUUGUCUCCAAGGAGGAAUGUGAGCGGACAUGUAAGGCCUCUGCCAGAGGCCUUGCCCCAAGAGAACCAACAUCCAGGAGAGGGAUCAACGGAGGAAGAGGAUAUAGAAUGAGAUCCCGUGCAUAAAGGGGUUAAAAAGGGUCAUUGAAAUCCCACAGCUGCUGGGGUGGGAUUUCCAGCUGUGCUGUAAAGGUGCUAAUAUCCAGCUCACAUGUAGGCAAAAGUCAUUGAUGCUGAUAUCAAAGAAAUCUUUAAAAUUUUGAGGUUUAAAAUAUCUUAAUGAGGAAAAUAAUCAAACUUUUUUAUUAUACAUUCAUAGAAGCACAUUCACUUUAUCAUAUUUGUCAGACAUGACAGUAUCAAAGCAGUAAGAACAAUUUUCAGACAUUCCAAUUUCAAGAGCUGUUUCACUAAUUUCAUAAAAAUAAGAUUGCUGUUGCUGAGAACUUUGUUCUUCAUUUGUAUUCUUUGUGCACACAUUGUACUUCAGUUGUCUUGCUAUGCUAUUAAAAUGUUAAC